UGUUUCGUGAGAAGGGUGUAUGGCAAACCAAAGCUACCUAUCGCUUUCAUCUUCAUACUACUUUGGUCCACUAUUUUAAAACAAAAACAAAAACCAAAGAAAAUGUUAUACAGUGGGGGGUAUUGUUUUCUUUAUCUACUUCUUUCUAACACCAUCUACUUAUGCUCCUCACAUUCACAGAUAUAAGUUUCUUCCAUAGCUAUUUGAUCAUAAGAGAGAGAGAGAAGAAACCACCACUUGGAAUAAAAGUUUGUUCCUUUUCCCCGUCACGAGCACUUCGAUGGACAACCAACUGCCUUCAGAUCCCUCUUGCGUACCUUUCUCAUCGACAGCUUUUCCAUGUAAAGAUUCUCCAAAUCAGUGCCAAGAAAAGAGUUUCAAAGACGAAGAUGUAGACGUUAAUGAUUCAAGUCAAGAACAGAUCAAUCAAGAACUCAAUCUCAUCGACUUCAUAGACACGAGUAUCGAUGUUCAUCACGGUUAUUAUGGAUCUACUACAUCAGCAGAACAAAAGCUUUUCUCAUGCAACUACUGUCAAAGAACAUUCUAUAGCUCACAAGCACUUGGUGGUCACCAAAACGCACACAAGAGAGAGAGGACGUUGGCAAAGAGAGGGAAACGGAUGGCAGCAUUAGCCUCAGCUUUUGGACAUCCUUACGCCUUCUCUCCAGUUCCUUUCAAUGGACACUACAGCAACAGGUCUUUGGGGAUACAAGCGCAUUCGAUGAGCCACAAGUUAAGUUCAUAUAAUGGGUUUGGUGGUCACUAUGGUCAGACCAACUUGUCAAGACUACCAUUUGAUCAACAACCAGCAUUAGGCAAACUGUCUUCAAUGGAGACUUUUCAUCAUCAUUAUUAUCAGCAGCAGCAUCAUAUGAUGAUGAUAGAUCCUUCAGUAAAUGCACGGUCCAAUAACAUCCGUAUACCAUCGACCAACAUAGGAAAGAUUCUGGUUGGAUCACCCAUAACUCUUGAACAAUGGCGAGAAGACGGAGGAUUGUUAAGUACUAAUCAGGAAGAGCAACAUAAGCUUGACUUAUCCCUCAAGCUCUAAGAUUAUUUUUCUUGAUUCUUGCAUUUAGUAUCCUUUACUGUAUAUUUUGCAUGUGAAUGUUAUCAAUAAUUACUCAUGUGUAUAUUUCUGUCUAGUAAAGAUUUUCUUAUGUACAUCU